UUUAAAAACAAAGAUGCCCCUGUUUUGAAAGUUUUCUCCAAUUUAAACAAAAAAUAUAAUGAAUAGGCUCGUUUAUCUUACUUUAAAUAAAAUUAGGUAUUUUUGUACGGUAGUAGAACAACCUAAAGUAGUGACAAAAGAAAUUAAACGAAUUAUUCCCGCAAAAAGAAUAAAAUCAAAGAUCGAUUUGACAAAGUUACCACCGAAGACUAAAAUUGAUGCUAAUACCAUAGCUUUACUCGAAAGAUUAUCCCUAGUCGAUUGCGAAAGCAAAAAAGCAAUUGAAACCGUUGAAGCCCAAUUAGAGUUUGCAGAUCAAAUCCUACAAGUUGAUACAUCAAAUGUGGAACCACUCAUUACUCCAUUAGAGGAUUUACCAUUACAAGUAAGAGAAGAUAUCGUAACUGAUGGGAACUGUAGAGAAGCUGUAUUAAAAGGAGCAGUUUUAGUUGAAGACGAGUAUUUUGUAGCACCACCAGGAAAUAUACCUUUAGAAUCCAGGGAAAACUUACUUUAUGACACAAAAGAUGUUAAAAAGGACUCUUGACUUUGCAACAAAUAGUGGUUUCUUAAAAAAGACUGUUUUACCUAAAUAUAACAUUGACCAGUUCAAAAUUGGCCCGUUGGGACUACUCUUAUGCCAAAAUAUAAACACAGAAUGGUUGUAUCACACUCUGAUAAAUAAAGAACUUACAGUAUGUCCCAAUGAGGGUGAUAUUGAUAAUACAUACGACUUUGUCAAAAUUCUUUGUUCAAAUAAAUUACCAUUUGGUAUCACAGAUGUCAAAAGACAAAAGAAAUCUUUUACAACUGAUGAAAUUGUUGAAUAUUACAAAAAUGCAACCAAAGGAGAGAGGGUAAGUUUUGAAAAUCUACUUAGGCAUGAAGAGGAUGUGUUUCUAAAGUUUACUAUAUUUGUAUCACCAACUGAUUCUACCAGAAUGUUCCACCAUUGGCAGAAGCAAAGAAGGAUAUGGUUUAGGAAAGUAAGUAUAAGAUUUUAAUGAGAAUGGUUAUUUAAUUUGAUAUCCUAUCUAUAGAUUGUCUCAAAGUGACUAGUCUGUACAGGGUAAAUGCACAACAUUGACGCCAUACUUCUUUGCAAACUUGUACUCUUAACAAAGAAGAUAAAAAUUUUACCAAUCAGCAACUAGAGUUUAAAGAACGAAAAUUUGUGACAGCUCAUACAAUUACGAGCCAAAUAAAUUUACCUACGAUAUUUUUAAAUGCCAUUUGUGAUGCUUAUCAAGAACCAGUCUUUCAGGAUAACGUUAGACCAAUGUUUCAUUUUCAUAGAAAGCUAGCCCCAUUCAAACUUAGUUUCGCAAUGACAGGUAGUUCGCAAGCCAUUACAAAGGAACUUGAAGAUUUAGCAUUAUAUCUUUGCAAACAACUUCGAGCAAACCAUGUUUCAACUUUGUAUCUUCCAAGUUCUUCUAGAAAUACUUUAGAAGCUCAGUACAAGCAAUAUGAUCAGUUGGGAAUCCCAUAUACAGUUGUUCUAAAUGAAAGAACCCUAAAUGAUGGUAUAGCUAAUCUAAGAAGUCGUGAUACAACACUUAAGGAACAGGUCCAUGUUACAGAAUUAGUCACAUAUGUAGAGCAGUUGUUUAGAAACUAUUAACUAUUGUUAAAAUAUUUUUAUGUAUGAGAAAUAAAUUUGAAUUUUUUAAAAUUA